CGCUGUGCACGGCUCCGAGUGAGUCUGUUCUCAGCUGAAGUGCAGACCGGUGAAAAACAGUGAGCGGAUAGUUGGCUGCUGAUCUUCUACUGAUGUGAGCUUACCAACAACUGUUGCCUGAUAGUCGUUAACGCCUCGAUGGAGCUCAUCCAGUUUGCUUUGCUGCCUCAGGAAGUCCCUACAGCUACCUGGAGCAACACCUCUGCCCCCUCCUACUCUCAUUUCCUGCUCCUUUCUACUCCCUCCGAACCGCUUCACAGCUUCAACCAAGAUGACACUUCGUUUCUCCUUAACAGCUCCUGUCAAAAUUGCACCAAAAGUAAACCAGGAUCCCUCCCUGGCUUGGCUGGAAUCUUCAUCCCACUCAUUUAUGGCAUCGUUUGUGUCGUUGGCUUGGUGGGAAACACUCUGGUCAUCCAUGUUGUCGUCAACUACACAAAACACGAGUCAGUCACAAACAUCUACAUCCUCAAUCUAGCCAUUGCAGAUGAGCUUUUUAUGCUGGGCCUACCCUUCUUGGCGGUACAGAACGCUUUGCUCUCGUGGCCUUUCGGCUCUCUGAUGUGCCGAGUGGUUAUGACAGUGGAUGCCAUCAACCAGUUUACCAGCAUCUUUUGUCUAACUGUGAUGUCAGUGGACCGAUACCUGGCUGUGGUGCAUCCCAUCCGCUCUUCUUGGUGGCGGCGCCCCCACGUGGCUAAGGCUAUCAGUGGCACAGUCUGGGCGGGGUCCUUUGUGGUGGUGCUGCCGGUAGUGGUGUUCGCGGACGUGCUGAAGGAUGAUGGGAACUGCAGCAUCGUGUGGCCUGAACCAGCAGAAGUGUGGAAGACAUCGUUUAUUGUCUACACGUGCACUGUUGGAUUCUUCUGCCCCCUGCUGGUCAUCUGCUUGUGUUACCUGCUGAUCGUCAUCAAGGUAAGAAGUGUUGGAAAACGGGCACAGGCCACAUCCUCCAGACGCAAGAAGUCAGAGCGUAAAAUCACCCAGAUGGUAGUUGUUGUUGUGGUGGUGUUCAUCUUCUGCUGGCUGCCAUUCUAUGUUCUCAACAUUCUCAACCUCCUUGUGGUCCUGCCUGGAGACUUCAGGGGCCUCUACUUCUUUGUUGUUGUCCUUUCAUAUGCCAACAGCUGCGCCAACCCCAUACUCUACGGAUUUCUGUCUGACAACUUCAAGAGAGGCUUCAGGAAGGCGCUGUGCCGCACGUCGCGCAGAGUGAACAGCAACGACAGAACCGGCAUCGAGGCCCAGAGGCCCACGGAGGAGUGGGGCGGCAUUGUUCUCCGACAGCAAAUAAGUGAGGGAAUCACUCACGUGCAUGGGAAAGAAAGUAGUAGAAAUGAAGAAGAGGAGGAAAUAGUUGGAAUAGAAGGUGCUAUACAGAUGAGAGAAAUCUGUAAGACAUCACAGAAUGGAAACCAGAAUGGAGUAAAAGAGGGCUCAAGGACACAGGUCACGCAGAGGGGUACACGUGACCAGGGUGCAAGCUUAGAUCCUGCUGAGGGAGUGUCCUCUUUGGCCAGUAAGAGAAGUAGGUCACCUGAAGAAUUCCUGGACCAAAACUCUGUGCUUGAUAUCAGCUACCUGUAACAGAAAUUUGCCCAUUUUCAGUGGAUUUGGGUGCCUGCUGUAUUACAGUGUCUUUGAAGUUGGUUUUAAUACCAGUUUAUGGUAACAGUCUGGCAUCAUUAAUGCAAGUGUUUUGCCACAAAUUAAAAGGGUAACAACUUAAUCUAACCAUGAGAAACUAUAGCGGCAGGCACAAUGAAACCUGAAGGACACAACAAACACACAAAGAUGCCUGAAUGACCACUGUUUGUAAGUAUCGCUGUUAUUUUGAACCAUACUGUUACUUCUGAAACUUCUUGUGCUGAAAUGGCUAAUACACUAAAUGAAUCAUGCCCCAGUGGGAAACGACAUGACUAAUGACCCACUGUGGAAUGAAAAAAUGUCAGCUGUGUUUACUUUUACUGCGUUGGCUUUUGAGAGCAGCCCACAAAGAUAAUUAGCACUGUUUUCAGAAAACACGCCUCUCAGUCAGGCUUGUGUGCAACAUCAUUUUCAUCUGAAUUAGUGUACAUGCGUGGAGAUCAACCAAUUACUUUUCUUCUUUUUUAAGGUUAACUAAAACCAUGCUUUAGGUCGCAGCUUAAGAACAAGUGCAAUAAUAAAUAUAUCUCCAAAAGUUGAUUCUGUUCAUCCGGACAUAGCGUUUUGUGGGAGAAAUGUUUCGUCACUCAUCCAAGUGACUUCUUCAGUCUCAGCUGGCUGCAGGUUACCCUAAAUCUUAUAAACAGUACAUCUGCAUAAUGACUGAAACCAGCCCACUGAAGGAACAAUGGGCUGGGAGGUCAGUUCCUUAAUCAUAAUUAUGCAAAUUCUCAUGACCAUACUAUACUAUACUUGCUAGUGACCUAAAUAGAUAGACUGUUGUUAAAAAUCUCUACAUUAAUUGUGAUUUUUAUUCAACUUUGAAUGUUUAAUGAGUUUACUAAG